CCACGAUUUAUCAGGAACAUUAAGACUAGUAGCAGCAAUUCCUUUGCUUGUCAAUUCUUCUCGGCGUUGAUAUCACCAGCCACUGCUCCGAGCUUAAUUCUAGCUUUUCUCCAUCUGGGAAGGCAUCUUGAUCUGGUCAGUAUCAUAAUCCCCCCUUUCAGACCUUGUAAGCUAUUCAAGACUGCAAUUCUGUACAUUCUCCUAUAGUGGAAUCCCCUCGCGGGGCAGCUUGAUUUAUAUGAAUGAUGAAUAGCCUGACCCUAAAUAUUACUUGCAAUUCCACUGAGAAUUCAAGUCUGUUCAUGUUA